AUGACGGGCACGCAGGUUACUAUUUCCGAUGGCUCUCAGGCGCAGAAAGCCAGCAAAACUGCGAGCAAGAAGAAGUCUGGUCACAAUGAGUCGUCGCCGGGGGUUUCACUUUCCAUUCCCUCUGUCAAGUCGGGAUUCGUGUCCUCAAACAGCCCAAUCCGCACAGAACAGGCAGCGGAUGCGAACUUCUCGGCACUCCACGGCAGCAAACAGUCGUACAACUCUGGAGACAUGAUUCAUGUUGUCGUUGGUGGAGCAGAGAUCGUGGCUUCCAGCUCUGCCAUGAUGCUGGCUUCGCCUGUUUGGGGUGCAAUGCUGGCGGACAGCUUCAAGCUUACGGAAAGGCAGACUGGGUUAACAAUAAUCAAGCUUGAUGGGGACGCCAAGGCAAUCACUCUGCUCCUCGACAUUGUCCACUAUCGCUUCGCAGAGGUCCCCAGUACUACGAGUUUGUCAGAGCUCUAUCAGCUCUCGCUCACGAUAGCUCAGUACAAGUGCGAACCAUUGAUCCACCCAUGGGCUCGUACUUGGCUUGGGCUUCUCAACCUGAACUCGGCAAAUUUCGUAUCCGAGAAGGACUCCCAUAAGGCGCUAUGGAUUGCCUACACCCUCGGCGACGAAGAAUUGUACAAGACCAUGCUGAAGACACUGAUUCUGAGCCUCAGCCGCAACUCAGAUGGUGACCUUUCCAUCGAAGCAAGUAUCAAGUUGACGGAUAUGGUGCUUCCCGUUGCACUACUUGACAUCAUCUGCGAGACCAGAAUGGUGCUACUCGACACGCUUCUCACAGGGAUCUCAAAGGCCAUCAACCCAGACUCCGCUAUCGAGAUCUGCCGUGUUGGCAAGGAUGAAGACCAGUGUGAAGCCAUCGUCAUAGGCUCGGUCAUGAAGCAGCUCAGGCGCCACAAGCUGUUCCCAGAACUCCCCAAGGCUGUUGACUACAAAGGCAGCGUCCAAGCGCUUGCUGCCACAAUCAAGUCCAUCAAGUCGCUUACCUUUGUUGGCCAGAACCCCGUGCCGCAUCAGAGCCACGACGGUUGCAAGCUCGGUCUGGAUGACAUGGCUGACAGCGUUCUGGCAGAGCUUCCGCUUGUCAUUACCGACGAGCACCAGGAGCAUUUGUAUUUGCAGGGACGGAAGUCUGGCAUCAUCACAGCACCCCAGACUGCCGAGGUCAAGCCUGCAGUCCAGCAACAGGUGGAGCAUGAAGGCCUAAUUAGCACUGUCCACUCCAGCCCAUGCGCGUCCGAGCGCGAGACUUCUCCAUCGAAGCCAGCGGAGAGUGUUGAAGAGGCGUCCAUCGUUCGCUCGGCAGUCGUGAACGAUGACGUUGUGGCGGACACUAACAAGACAAGUGAGUUUCCGGCCUGGUAA